UGAAAGAUGCCGGCGGGGCACGGUCUUCGUUCGCGAACUCGCGAUCUUUUUGCGAGGCCCUUCAGGAAGAAGGGCUAUAUUCCUCUGACAACGUAUCUUCGAACCUACAAGAUCGGAGACUACGUUGAUGUCAAGGUUAAUGCCGCCAUACACAAAGGGAUGCCUCAUAAGUUCUACCAUGGAAGGACUGGGAAAGUGUGGAACGUAACCAAGAGGGCUAUUGGAGUCGAAAUCAACAAACAGGUGAUCGCCUUCUUU